CAAGAUAUCACCGAAGGCGGCAGCAAAAGUCAAAAGCUGGGAACAUCUGGGGAGGCACAAGGACCAACAGAAAACCUUGACGCCAACCUUCAGUUCUUUCCCAUUCAGCUCAGCGGUAUCCCGUCAACUUCUUUAUUGCGUUUUAGCGGCAAAUAAUUUCGCAACCAACAAACCGGGACUACAAUCAACACUCAUCUCCUCAAAGCCGUGUGCGGAAUCACAAACCUCGCCAUGACUCUCCACCAGUUCGGCGUCUCGCUUGAGACGUACCUCAUGACCAACCCCACAAUCAAGGGUGUGAUUGUCAGCGCCGUAGUCCUCCACCACGACCAAAUCCUCUUGAUUCAGCGCGCGGCAACCGAUGGCUUCCCCAACAUGUGGGAAACUCCCGGCGGCGGAGUUGACCUCGGAGAUGAGACGCUCUCUCACGCCCUGACACGUGAACUACUCGAAGAGACAGGCCUUGUCCUCAAAGAUGUCAUGGGACUUCUCGACCAACUCGAGUUCGAAGGAGCAUCAGGCGAAGGGCGAUAUCGGAAACUCACGUUCCUUGUCUCUGUCGAGGAUGCAGACGGUCAGCAUGAAGACCCCCAAGUUGUUCUCAAUCCGAUGGAACACCAGGAUUUCAUGUGGGUCUCAAAGGAUGACCUCCGCACCGGGUUUUGCGGGCAAAGGGAGAUCAAGUUCGCAUAUCCUGGACAACGGGAAACACUCUUUGCCGCCUUCCGAGCCGAUACAAAGACGCCGGGUGGGACAAAAGGGGUCAACGGUGCUGAAGAAGCGGCAUGAACGGGAUAGGAGCGGCAGACGAACAGUGCCGGCCUCGGGGACAAGGGCGACACUCGGACAAUGAUUGGGCCACAGACCAUGUGCACGGCCGGAACCCCCAGUUGGAGACUCGGGAACCCGUCAAC